AUGAUUUUCCUCACAUACAUCACUGAGAAGGUGAGAAUUGGCUUAGCUGAGAAAGGUGUGGAAUAUGAAAGCUUCGAAGAGGAUUUGAGUAACAAAAGCAAAUUGUUGCACGCGAUGAACCCCGUUUACAAGCAAGUUCCUGUUCUUAUCCACAACGGACUACCUAUAUCCGAUUCUUCCAUCAUUCUAGAGUACAUAGAUGAUCUAUGGACCGGAUAUUCUCACAUCUUCCCAUCUGAUCCUCAUCUACGAGCUCAGGCUAGGUUUUGGGUUGAUUACAUAGCCAAAAAUAUAUACGAAAAAUCAAGUGGAUUUGUGGUUAAGAGUUCAGGAGAAAGGCAAGAGGCAAAAAAGAAAGAGUUGGUGAAGUGCUAUAAGGUGUUGGAAGAGGAGCUCGGUAACAAAACCUACUUUGGCGGGGAAUGCUUCGGAGUUGUUGAUAUGACGUUAAUUCCUUUUUACGGCUGGUUUCUUUCAUUGGAGAAGACGGGGCUAAACAUUAGGGAUGAGUGCCCUAAAAUUGUGGAAUGGGCUGAGAGAUGUAUGAAAAGGGAGAGUGUUUUCAAGUCUCUUGCUACUCCACAAUCGAUAUAUGAGGUCCUAAUGAACUUGAGGAAACAAUAUUUUCAGGACAAGUGA